AUGGAUGCCAUUCUUAAAGAAGAACUAGAGCUAGACAUAACAUCUUCGACAUUCUGGACUGACAGCAAAAUUGUCCUAGGCUACGUGAAGAAUGAAACCAAGAGGUUCCAUGUAUUUGUUGCUAAUAGACUUAGCAUAAUCAGGCAGCUUUCAUGGCCAGAACAGUGGCAUCAUGUAGCAGGUGUAGAAAAUCCUGCAGACAUUGCAUCCCGUGGAUGUAAUGCAGAUGAGGUUAGAAAUAAUGGAUGGCUAACCGGACCCGAAUUUUUAAGCAAGCACAAGUCGGAAUGGUGCUGUGAAGAUCAAAACUUUCAAGUCAUUGAAGAAGAUCCUGAGAUCAAAGGACAGAACACAGUGUCUCAUGGCUGCACAGUGUCAAAACACCGUUGGGAAAAAACCAAGAUGGAAUGGAGUCCAGUGGAGCGAUUAGUUGACCACUACUCAGAUUGGUAUAGGUUGAAGCGAGCAGUGGGAUGGCUGCUGAAAAUCAAGAAAAAGCUCACUGGAAAAGACAAAAGCACUACUAAGCAGUUGGAGCUGAACGAUAUAGAAGAAGCGGAAAAGCUUCUUGUCAGACAUGCACAAAGAGAACAACGACAAAAUCUUUUAGUUGGUGGCAUACCCUCAAAGGAAUUGAAACAGUUGAAUCCAUAUCUGGACAAGGACAACAUUAUAACAGUCGGAGGAAGAGUAGGAAAGGAGAUCAAUGGAUCAAACCAGUGCAUUAUAAUGCGGGGGAAGAUUUCAAGCCUUAUAGUUCAACAUUAUCACCAGAUUGGGCACAUGGGUCAAGAAUACACAUUGGCCCAGCUCAGACAGAAAUUUUGGAUCCGUAGAAAAGAUGUCAAAAGUGUAAUACAUAAAUGUAUUACGUGCAGAAAGUUGAAUGCAAGACCAUGCCGACAGCAAAUGGGAAAUCUGCCAAUGACAAGACUUUGGAUUGGUGAAGCACCCUUCACGAACACGGGAGUAGAUUGCUUCGGUCCUUUCCCAGUAAGAAGAGGAAGAUCUGAGCUAAAACGUUAUGGGUGUAUAUUCACCUGCCUCACGACACGAGCGAUACAUAUGGAAAUCCUGGAAAGUCUUGACACAGACUCCUUCCUCAAUGGACUCAGAAGGUUCAUAUCAAGACGAGGAGAACCUAGAACGAUCACCUCCGACAAUGGAGGUAAUUUCAUAAGUGGAAAUAAAGAAUUGUCACGUGGAUUAAAGGAGAUGGAUCACAAGAAAAUAACUGGAAACCUCCUGAAAAAGGGAAUCAUGUGGAAAUUCAAUCCACCAUCGUCAAGCCACAUGGGUGGCAUAUGGGAAAGACAAAUUCGAAACAUAAGAAAAACAUUGACCUGUCUCAUGCGAGAGCAGACACUGACCGACGAAACCUUGCACACCUUCAUGUGUGAAGUCGAGGCAAUAUUAAAUAAUAGACCCAUAACUCCAGUCAGUGAAGACCCAAAUGAUCUGAAGGCGCUAAAACCCGCUCAACUACUCAUGCUGAAUGAUGGACCUCUCCUGCCCCCAUGUGUUACAGAACAGAAGGACAUAUACCGAAGACGCUGGCGCCAGGUACAAUACUUGGCAGACACCUUUUGGCGAAGAUGGACCAGACAAUAUUUGCCAGGAUUACAACGUCGAAUGAAGUGGCACACACCAUCACCAAAUCUUUCCGUGGGAGAUUUGGUACUACUGAUAGAAGAAAACAUGCCAAGGAAUCUCUGGCCGUUGGGUCGAAUAGUGCAAGUACACCCAGGAGAUGACGGACUUGUACGUUCCGUCAAGUUAAAGACAAGAUCCACAGUCUUAACAAGACCAGUAACCAAGAUAGUAGUAUUGGAAGGGAAGCUUUACUAG